AUAAAUUGCAGAUAUUUGGCAACUGAAGUGUUAGGAUAAGUGGGACGGGCAGCUCUGAUAGUGGCUCGUUGAGCUGAAAUGCCAAUGCUCGAGAUGGACUCCAGCGUUGGAAGUGUCGGAAGCAGGAAGAGAGCCGGAAAGCACUACACCGUGGAGGAUGAGGCUCUGGACAGGAUCGCCAAGGAAGCACGUCGGGGCCGCGCUGUGUGGACUGGCCAGCUGACGGCGCCGCCAGCGGACUGCGGUCGGCGCCAGCUGACUGCGGCUGCCGCCGUCCAGUCGGCGGUCGGCUCCCGGUCGGGUCGGGUCUCUCCGCCAGGUGUGUGCCGCGAUCGCCGGUGACGCGUCCCUCCGCGCCGCCACCGUCCGACUCGCCACCAUGUUGCGCAAAUUCCGACAUCACACCUGCAAGAUCGUGCUGGCCACCUCGCUGGUCUGGCUGCUGGUGGACGUGGCAGUGCUCAUGUACUAUGCGGACAGCGGCUCGGCGCCGUCGGGCCGGUCGGCGGCGCGGGCCGAGAGAGACGGCGCCGCCGCCGCGGACGGGUCACGACCCGGUGGCAAGCGAGAGGCACUGGCCCUGGCCCACUCACUCAACAGCCUGGCCUACGACCGGUCAGCGCUGGUGCGUUGGGAGCCGGCGGCCGUAGUGCCCGAAAAACCGGGCCAGCCCGGCGAGAUGGGCGAGCCAGUGCACAUUCCGCGCGACAAGCGGGACGAGAUGAACGAAAAGUUCAAGGAGAAUCAGUUCAACCUGAUGGCGAGUGAUAUGAUCUCGCUGAACCGGUCGCUGCCCGACGUGCGACUGGACGGGUGCGUGUCGAAGAAGUACCCGCCGCUGCUGCCAACGGCCUCGAUCGUCAUCGUGUUCCACAACGAGGCGUGGACGACACUGCUGCGCACCAUCUGGUCCAUCAUCAACCGGUCGCCGCGUGCCCUCGUCAAGGAGAUUAUCCUGGUCGACGACGCCAGCGAGCGGGACUUCUUGGGCGCCCAGCUGGAGAACUACGUCUCCCGGCUACCUGUACCUGUGGAGGUCCUUCGCACAGGCACCCGCUCUGGCCUCAUCCGCGCCCGACUACUGGGGGCCAAACAGGCCCGAGGUCAGGUCAUCACCUUCCUGGACGCCCACUGCGAGUGUACAGAGGGCUGGCUAGAGGCUAUGCUGGCCCGCAUCGCUGAGAACAGGAAAACGGUGGUGUGCCCCAUCAUCGACGUCAUCUCGGACAGCACCUUCGAGUACGUCACUGCGUCGGACAUGACGUGGGGCGGCUUCAACUGGAAGCUCAACUUCAGAUGGUACCGUGUACCGCAGCGGGAGAUGGAUAGACGGAACGGCGACCGGACGGCGCCGCUGCGCACCCCCACCAUGGCUGGAGGACUCUUCUCCAUCGACCGGGACUACUUCUACGAAGUGGGCGCUUAUGACGAGGGUAUGGACAUCUGGGGUGGCGAAAACCUCGAGAUGUCAUUCCGGGUGUGGAUGUGCGGCGGCACGCUGGAGAUCGCGCCCUGCUCGCACGUGGGCCACAUCUUCCGCAAGUCGACGCCGUACUCGUUUCCUGGCGGCACGUCGCGUAUCGUCAACCACAACAACGCCCGGCUAGCCGAGGUGUGGCUGGACGACUGGAAGGAGUUUUAUUUUUCCAUUAACCCAGGCGCGCGCAAUGUAGAAAUGGGCGACGUCAGUGACCGCCAGGAGCUGCGAAAUCGACUGCAGUGCAAGUCCUUCCGCUGGUAUCUGGAAAACGUCUACCCCGAGUCGCAAAUGCCGCUCGACUAUUACUACCUGGGAGAGAUUCGUAACGUGGACACACAACAGUGUCUGGACACAAUGGGCAGGAAGGGCGGCGAGCCAGUCGGAGCCGGCUUCUGCCACGGCCUCGGCGGCAACCAGGUGUUUGCCUACACGAAGCGCGGUCAGGUCAUGUCGGAUGACAACUGCCUGGACGCUGCCUCCGGGGACAGUCCAGUGAAGAUGGUCCGCUGCCACGGCAUGGGCGGCAACCAGCACUGGAAAUACGACAAAUCGACGAUGGCCAUAGUGCACCUGAACUCAGGCAGGUGUCUGCAGCACUCGCGGGCAGACAACGGGCGACUCUCCCUGCAGGACUGCGCCCGCGCCGACUCGGCACAAAAGUGGGUUAUGAAGAGCAAGUUCCGGUGGCAGGCUAACUGAGCGCCGCCUGUCGGCCGGACUGCGAACUAGCCGUGUGAUAGCGGCGCUAGUGCAAUGCCAGCAGGCAGUGACGAAACAUUCCACAGUGCGCUGUGCGUGUAUUUAUUUGAGACUGGUCGGGCCGGCCGGUCGGGCCGCGGCGGACUAUGUCGCCGCGGACGGACAGAAGGCGGCCUGCACCGCACAUAUCCCGCCACUGGUCCUUGUGGUCCGUGUGGACCGCACCUGACUGGUCCGAGUGGUCCCUGUGGUUAAUGUGGCGGCCCGGUGCCAAACUGAGAGCUAGCGCGGCCCGAGCGCCGGCUAACAGUGGCCGUUGGCUCGGUAGUGCCAUGACGCGGCGGCUGUCGGGGCCGCCGCCGCCCGCACCCCUAUCAGACGAGCCGCCAUCCCAGCGGUGCACCGUGUGACGGAUCAACAGACCGCAGCGUGUGUCCUCAUUCCAGAGAUUGACGAGACAGUGUUGUAUACUCUCACAUCAGUAUUGUGACGCCCGUUUUCAGACUGACGUUGAGGGUCGAGAGAUGUGGGCCUGAUACAGGCCGAUAGCUGUUCAAUGGGGGAGUUUGGGGUACCUACGUUUUCAGUGGUCUGAUGGUUGGGCCGGGGCUAGGCUGGUGUGCUCGGUGAAAUUGUUUUUAUUGGCAUUCCACGUACUUAUAUCGUCUCAGCGAUCUGCCCUCUGUCCUGUGGUAAAUUUCACAAGUGCCUGGCUGUGUUGUAUGACAAAUACAAUUUCUUUGCGAAC